AAUUUGUAAGCGGAAAAUCAAGAGUGUGAAAAUAAAGAGUUUCAAUAACUUUAUAUCUCUGGGGUCUUUUCUUUUCGACUGUUGACACUAAUUAGUCGGGAAAGAAAUGAUGAGUUGGACUGUCUCAGAUGCUGUGGACUACAAGGGGUCCCCAGCUGAUAAGUCUAAAACUGGUGGUUGGGUACCUGCUGCUCUUAUCUUAGGGAUUGAAAUUGUUGAAAGGUUGUCGACAAUGGGAAUAGCAGUAAAUCUGGUGACAUACUUAGGUGGAACUAUGCAUUUGCCUAGUUCAACUUCAGCCAAUAUUGUAACAGAUUUCAUGGGCACAUCAUUCCUCCUCUGCCUCCUCGGCGGCUUUCUUGCUGACUCUUUCCUUGGCAGAUACAAAACCAUUGCAAUCUUUGCUCUUAUACAGACACUGGGAACUGGGAUGUUAACACUGGCCGUUAGCCUACCGCAGCUGCGGCCACCUCCUUGCCAUCGUCAUGAUGUCAGUUGUCAACCAGCAAAAGGUUCUCAAAUGGGAAUCCUAUACAUGGCCUUGUAUCUCAUAGCAUUAGGUACUGGUGGCUUAAAAUCAAGUGUCUCGGGAUUUGGAACAGACCAGUUCGAUGAGAAAGACGACAAGGAAAAGGCGCAAAUGGCGUAUUUCUUCAACAGAUUCUUCUUCUUCAUCAGCAUAGGGACUUUGACAGCAGUAACCGUGCUUGUUUACAUCCAAGAUGAAGUCGGACGGAGCUGGGCUUAUGGUGUUUGCUCUGUAUCCAUGCUCAUUGCCAUCCUAAUCUUCCUUCUAGGUACUAAAAAGUACCGAUACAAGAAAAGCUCGGGAAGUCCUAUAGUACACAUUUUUCAAGUCAUUUUUGCUGCUAUAAGGAAAAGGAAAAUGGAUCUUCCAUAUGAUGUUGGCAUGCUCUAUGAGACUACUAAUUCAGAGGCUACAAGAAUCCAACACACACAAGAAUUUAGAGUACUGGACAAGGCUGCAAUUGUAGCUGAGGGAGAUUUUGAGGACCAAUAUGGAUCAUGCUCUGAUCCAAAUCCAUGGAAGCUUAGCACAGUGACAAGAGUUGAGGAAGUGAAAAUGAUGGCAAGGCUGCUCCCAAUUUGGGCCACCACUAUAAUUUUCUGGACCACCUACGCACAAAUGAUUACAUUUUCUGUUGAACAAGCUUCCACCAUGGAAAGAUCAAUUGGCAAUUUCCAAAUUCCAGCAGGGUCUCUCACUGUCUUCUUUGUUGCGGCCAUCUUGAUCACCUUGGCUGUUUAUGACCGAAUUAUUAUGCCACUUUGGAAGAAAUGGAAGGGAAAACCAGGUUUUAGCAGCCUACAAAGAAUUUCCAUUGGGCUUGUAUUUUCCAUAAUAGGAAUGGCAGCAGCUGCCUUAGCGGAGAAGAAAAGAUUGACAGUUGCAAAAUCCAUGGGGCGCCACAACUCUUCAACUAAUUUGCCAAUUAGUGUAUUCUUCUUGAUCCCACAAUUCUUCUUGGUAGGAGCAGGGGAAGCCUUCAUAUACACUGGCCAACUCGAUUUCUUCAUAACACAAUCGCCCAAAGGGAUGAAGACUAUGAGCACUGGCCUUUUCUUGACAACCCUUUCGCUUGGUUUCUUCAUUAGCAGCUUCUUAGUAUCGGUUAUCAAGAAGGUGACCGGAGGCAAUGGUACUGAUGAAGGCUGGCUUGCAGACAACAUAAACAAUGGAAGGCUAGACUUGUUCUACUGGCUUCUUGCUGUGUUGGGAGUUAUAAACAUUGUGAUUUACCUAAUUUGCGCAACAUGGUACAAGCCAAGGAAGCCUAAGUCAGCCAUACAGAUGGAGAAUCCGCACACUAAAAAUGCAGCUGAAGAGAAGUGCUAGGAUUUAUGCUGUUCAAGUUGCCCUUUUCUUAAUUUUAUUAGCCAAUAUACAGUGAAAGAGCUGUUGUUUCAGUUUAGUUUCUGUUCUCUAUAUAUCGUGUUUGGAUCAGUAAAUUGGUUUUCGGUUUUGCAGUAUCCUAAUAAUCUUAUUUCUAUCUUGAUAAAA